AUGGCAAACCAGGAUCUUUCUCGUCCGCUCCGUGCCUCACAUCUUCGACACAUGAGCACGGGUAGCUCCACCACAUUUCAUGGCGCAGGCCAUGCAGAUGAUACUGCGCCUGGAGCACAUAUAGGAUCCACAGCCCCGAAAGCGGAAUCUGGAGUCUCAGUGCGGCUGUUGUGUAGCCUAUCAGUACACGAUGAGAAUUUGUCCACGGAAGACGUCGUCAUAAAUUCGGCGCUUUUCCACGGUAACGAGGUGAAGGCCGGGACUUUGAUGCAGCUGACAGCUUUGAAGGGGAAUGUUGAGACCAUCAUCCAUGGUGGGAAGCCACAGAAUACCAUGCAAAAGCCUACUGCUGCUGCGGAUGUCCAACCAGAGAAUGUGGACUUGGGUCGGCAUCACAUUUUCAGUGUAAAACCUAUCAGUGAGGAGAUGCUCUUGAAACAGCCAAAUGUGCAGAUUUCGAUUUCGCGUCGAAUCGGACAUGCAUCCGGCUUUGAGAAAGGGAGCCAGGUGUUAGUGUCAACAGCGGAUGAGGCAUCCUGCUACGCUUCCCAUGUGGAGAUCGUCUUUCGAGAUCAAUACCUUGCCCGUGGGGACAUGUGGCGCCUGGUCUCCGCCGAGUUGGCUAACCGCUGCAUCUUCAGAGGUCAAAGGAUCGUUUUCAUGGAGAGCAUCAAAGCUAGCAUUAAAACGAUAUUUGUGAAGGGCCGGAAAGUGCCGUCUGCUUUUUUCCAUGCAUCCACCAAACCCAUCUUCCGCAGCGAGUCUGCUCGAUAUGUUUUAUUCGUCCAGAUGUCGAAAGAAAUGUGGGAUUUUGAUGCCGAUGGUACUGGAGAGAUUAUGUUCGACAAAGUCAUCAAUGGCUUCCUUCCUGAGCUCUUUGGGAGAUGGCAACAACUGAAAGUCAAGCAUCUCGUGAGCAUAGUACUAUUCACGAGGAUGAUAUACGAAGAUAGGCCGGCUAUCAACUCAACCAACGCAGACCUCAGCCAAGAAAGACUACACAAACGAGAUAAUGGAGAUAAUAGUGACGCGAAAGACUUCUACCGAGUCGUAGCCAGUGAUAUGGCAAGCGGAGAAUGGGCUGACAUCCUUAAUCAAUUAAAAAGAGAGUACAAGGUAUUCCUUCGAGACAUUUCCAUCCGGAAGCCUGAUGCGGGAGAUCACUUACCACUCGGGGCGGACAUCUCUUCGGCAUUGGCUAAUCUACCUAGUCAUGUAAUCGCUGGCCGUCCGUCUGCGGCGACGCACGGGAAUGUUCUUGAAGCAAUAAAUCUAGCAUCAUCCCAAUUCUCCUCCGAUUACAUUGACCGUGAUCUUGUAAGGACUGGGGUCUCUAUUGUAGUGUUGACCCCGAGCGCGGGUCUGUUCGAAGUGGACUACGGCCUCUUGGUUGCCACCAGCGAAAGCCUAAUUGAUAAUGGUAUUGGUAUCGAUCUGGUCUGCUUGUCGAAGAUGCCACUACAUUCUGUGCCUUUGUUCAAGUAUCGACCGCCUCGUUCCGAGUUGAGUGAUUUAACUGCUGGACGGACACCUCACGUCACCGAAGACCAAGAUACACCAACAGGAAGUUUUUCAGGCGGCGCGGGUCAAGUGACAACACUGACGUCGUCAGUGACGCAUGAGCGGCCACAUCAGAUAAAGGAAACACUGGGCGGAUCAUCCGGGCACCCGUGGAGCUAUGGCAUCCCACACUGGGUCGACAUUUCAUUCUGGACCGCACCAUUGGACGAGGACCUCAGGGCAAUCGCCGCUCCGAUUAAAGCGAAGAACAAGUCAAGUUUCGAUGCACCGAGGCAUAAGACUUUCGUACCGAGAGUGAAAAUGUACGAAUUGCAAAUGAUGGGCGUCAUGGAAAACGCCAUUAGCGACAUCUCGAUCCCAACCCUAUCUCAGAGUUUCAGCUCCUCUGUCAGUCAAUCCAGAAUUCUAUCCUCUACAAGCGUUUUUGGAUCCCCAAGACCGGCGAGCGUACAUCCAACCUCCGAAGUCUUUGGUUCGCAGAGUGAUAGAUCGGGCGGUCGUACACCGAAGCUCUCCUCUUCCAUUGUGUCUGGUCGAUCCGGCAAUCAAAAAAGUAUCAGUCCCAUGUUCCAGUGGAUGAAUGAAUAUGAUGACUUGCUCUUUCGCCAUCCUCUGGUGGCGAGAAAAAGAGCUCGAAAGGCAAUAUCUACACGGAACAUAUCCAUGAGUCACCAUUACAGUCCGUCUUUGCUUGGCACUUCCGCUGGCACCCGUCAGGGUUCUAUUGGCAGGCCCAAGCAUAGCUCUGAUGAAGAAAGCCUCCCCAGUGGAGCAACGCUGGAGCGCCGUGCAUUGCGGAAGAAAGCGGGCGGGAAAGGAAACGAUGCUAACUCUGGAAGCAGCAAACAAAAAGCUCGUCCUACUCUGAAUACGAAACCGCGUCAGAUCAAUUUUGGGCCUCAAGGGUUCGAUUUCGCCAGAGCAAAGGCGAUUGCAACUACGAGCACUGAACAAUCUGCCGGCUACAACGUUCCCACGUCUCUCAUAAGUCAAGGCUUCAAGUCACCAUUCCCGAUCAAGCAUAACCCCCCCUCAAUGAAGCUGCCAAGAAAGGCGCACAUCAGCACGACCUCGGGCAGUAGCUCUAAUCCUCCCGAAGCCACUCCAAAAGAUCAAGACUUGCCACAAUCCUCCGACUCUGAGCCGCAGCAGACUUCAAGACCAAUCCCAAUCAGAAAGCCGACCGCCAUACGUGUGAGCAACGAAGGCGGAUACAAGAGCACAGGUGCCCGAAAUAUUCAUGAGCAUAAGGCAGCCGGUCAACCAACUGACAGACUUAAAGCAUUGCAAGACCUUCGGGAAGAGGACUCCACGAGAUCUACGUCAGACUAUGAGCGCAUCGACGAUUCUCCCACGCUACCAGCAAUCCUGUCGCCUGGUACCACACUGGCCCCUUGGUUAACGAUGUUGAACCCCUCCAAUCCUUCGAAGACAAAGACAGCAGUGGCAAGUCGGCUUGGGAGAUGGCAGCACAUUUUCCCACGUCCUCUACCAACCUCACAGAUCAAGUGGAAAUCUCUGUGCUCUCCUGCUGCGGUCCCACUCACCACGGAGGAGUUCCCUUCCGCCGAGCAGCUUACGGGGGAGUAUCAAAAGAGCGAUUACAAAGUCGAAAUCCCAGAGAAUGCGGAUCUAUCAGAGAUGCCUCGAUCGCUGAUCACCGAAAUGCUCGGCUUCCGCAUUUCACGCGGCUUCCAAAUUGUUGUGGGUCCACGCGUUGCGGAGAGUACGGAGGUGCCUGCCUCGCAGUCUCUCAACAUCUUCGAUGGGCAAGUGCUGGCUGAGAUUGGCGCUGUGAUUUUUCUGUCACGAGGUAGCAGUAUUCAGAAGCUGAAACGGUCCGGCGAAAACGAGGUCGAAGUCACCCAGCUCAUUCGUCACGGUGCUGUUGCAAGCAAAAACGCCGAGGCUGAGUCUAUGCUGUAUAGACCUGCCAUUUGUUCUAUGCUGGCCAAAACUUAUGACGUCCAGGAUAUAUCCAUGGGUCCACAGCGCGGGAACUUUGACUGGAAGAUGAUUGACAACUUCAUCUUUGGCCAUGAGAGACCUCAAGCGAAAGAUUUUGUGGAGAUCCUACGGCCGUGGCGCGCUCGAUUCGUACUGAUCCCGGUAGAUCCUCCUUCGAACACGCGCCGUCCGCUGCGCAUCAUGAAUGAGGAUAACGAAGAAGAGAUUAGGCUAGAGGGAAUCAGGAAGCUUAGCCAAGUAUGGCAGAAGUUUCGAUACAUUCCUCCAGAGGAGCGCCGCUUCCACAUGCAUUUGCGAAACCGCAAAGAUACAAACCCUUUGGACAUCUUGUACCAAACAAGGAAUUCUUCCGCCAUCGUUGCUGCCGAGCUAGAGAAUGUUGCGGAAGGGGAUGCCACCGGGAGACCAGUGCAAUUGCUGCCCGAGUCUGACCUGUACCAGCGUUCAAACCUCAACAUUGCGUCUCUUGCCGAAACGAUACAGACUGAGAAAGGGGUUCGCAUGCUGGAUCGAAGAUGGCAUUUGAGGCUCCAUUACAACUGUUUCAUUGGCUUCGAAUUGACCACAUGGCUGCUUCAGAACUUCAGAGAUGUGGAUACCCGAGAUGAAGCUGUUGAGCUUGGUAAUGAGCUCAUGAAGAGCGGCAUGUUCCAGCAUGUUGAACAACGCCAUAACUUUCGCGACGGGAACUACUUCUAUCAAAUUGCGGAUCAGUAUCGUGCGCCUCGACCAGAGUCUCGAGGUUGGUUCGGACGAGGCAAAGUAUCUGUGCCCUCCACUCCGAUGUCGGAAGACGCUCCUAAAGAGCUCCCUACGACGAGCCGCUCUCGCGCAAGCUCAACGAGUAUUUCAAACUCAGAUGCAGACCCAGUCGCGCCCACCGGAAAGAAGAAACAUCUAGGUGUCGCACUCAGCAAAUCGUUACUAUAUGAUGUGGACCAUCGUAAGCGAUCAUACAGACCGGAAUUGAUCAACCUGCACUACGAUAGACUGCACAAUCCCGACAAUUGCUAUCAUAUUCGAGUCGAGUGGAUGAAUACAACGCCAAAGCUCAUCCAAGAUGCCGUCAUCUCUUGGGCGACAUCCGUCGACAGAUUCGGUCUACGUCUCGUAGAAGUACCACUCGGAGAAGCUUGUUCAAUCAGCAGCAUGCAUCCAUUUCGAGCACCUUAUCUAGUGAAACUCGCACAACAACCACCCUCAAGACAGCCACAAAGCUUCUUCGCCGACACCACCACCUUCUUUCCUCAACCUCGACCUGAGAAGCACCUCUACCAAAUAGCGAUCUUGAAACGAUUCAGCUUUGUACUUGACUUCGAGGCCGCCUCUGACUUUCCAGCAGACGUCAAUGUCACAUAUUCGUGGGGCAAGCCUGAUUAUCGCUACCCGCAAUACAUUCAUCGCUCAGGCACGAUCAUUGCACAGAUCACGGACGACGGCGACUUCUUGCUCCUAGCGAAUAGGUUGUACAACAAUCGUAAUGCAUCCGACUCAUCCUAUCAGGAUGCAGCCAAAUCGGAAAUUCCGGGAGACGCUGGACAAGAUCGUAGCAUGGGCAUCUUCCGCUCCAGCCCCCACCGUAACAAACAUCCGCCUUCUCCACAUUCCUCCCCAUACAAUUCUCCUUCUGUCCAUCCCACAUUGAACAUACCGCCCGCCACGGUAGGGGCUAGCAAAGCUCCGAAAACGAUUGCUGCCGCAACAAGUUCAACUGGCUUCACGCGGUCUGGAGCUGCGACGGCAUUUACAACACCUGAAGCCAUCCAGAAGGACUUUGAGACUUUUUGCACGGAUGUAGAGGCAUUGGAGACGUUUUACACAGAGGUUCUGCGUAAAGUUUCGACAUCGGUCCCCAGUACGCCGUUUAUGGGCGCAAAGACGCCGUGGAAAGGGCCAGAAACGCCAUUCAAUGAGAGUAGCAUACCAACGUUGGCGCUACCGGGAAGCUUGAUGUCGAAGGAUAAGAAGGUGGAAAGGGGGGAGAAAAAGCCGCAGAUGAAGACGAAAAUUAUUGAAGAGGAAGGUAACCAGGAUGGUGGAACAGCAAGCGGUGCUUCUGGUUGA